CGUGAAGUGAAUGGCCGAUACGAUUCACAACAUAUCCUUCCUUCUUUCUACGUUUUUGAUUAGAAAAGGUGUUUUACAUGGGAGAAAUCUGAUGUUCUACGUAUUAAGUUGCGGUACUUGAUUUGCAAGGUAGAAAAAUGUCAUUAAUUACUUGAGCAGCAAUAAUGUGACAAAAUUUUAAUGGGUCUGGCACUGAUUUCUUUUUAUGGUUUGGGUUACGAUGAGUGUAGCUCCUCAUGCAGGAAACAAGAAAAGGAAAAAGAGCGAGUCAAAACCACAUUCACAAAUGACAAUGCACAGAAAGCUACAUGAAGCAAGUCUGUAUUAGACAACUCCCCUGGUCUGUCUCUCUUACCUCUGAUCACAGAGAGACUGUUUGAAUUAGACAUAAGCUGGACUGAAAAUAAAUAAAUAAGUGCCUUAAUGAAAAACGUCGCAGAGAACAAGAAAAUAUUCACAUUGAAGAACUGGCAGAACUGGUUUCUGCUAGCCCAUCUGACAUGAGUUCGCUUUCUUGCAAACCAGACAAGUGUGCCAUACUUAAAGAAACUGUUAAUCAGAUCCGUACACAAAAAAAGUCAACUGAAAAUGAGCUUUGUGAAGAAUUACAACAAAGUGAAGUUUCUUCUAGUAAACCAACUAUUAUAGAUAAUCACGUUUUUGGAACAAUUCUUCUUGAGGCUUUGGACGGCUUUCUUUUUAUUGUCAAUUGUGAUGGAAAAGUAGAAUUUAUAUCUGAUAACAUUUCUAAUUUUUUGAAAUUCAGAGAGGACGAAAUUUUUGAAAAGAAUAUUUACAAUUUUAUUCAUCCAGAUGACCAAGCUAUAUUCCACAGUAAUCUGCUUCUUAUGAUGCCUUUAGGUAAUGGGCGUGACUGGUCAGCAGAUAAUAAUUGUAAAUCGAAUAAGCAAGCUAAACAUUUCGCCUGCCGGUUUCUGGUCAAGCAAGAAGAACCAGAGAUUAAGAUGGAAAAUAAAGAACCUCAGCAGCCUCAGUAUGAGAAUUUGAACAUAACUGCAAAUUAUAUGCCUUUAGAUAAUGGCACUGAAGAACCAAGAAAUGGGAUGACAUGUAUUGCCCGUAGAGCUGCAUUUGAAGAAAAGCGAAUUGGAGCUAAUAAAAUUGAGCAAUUUACUACCAGGGUCAAUCGAGAAGGGAAAGUUGUAGGUGUUGAUGCUGGUUCCCUUUCCCCGUCUUCUAAGAAAUUUCUUACUGAAGAAUUAGACGGAGCCGCUAUUUUGGACUUCUGCCAUCCUAAUGAUGUAACAACCUUAAAGCAACAUUUAAAAGAGAUGUUUUCAAUUCUUACAGCAUUUGAAUCGGAGGCUACUACUUGUGUUCCAUACAAGUUUCGCAUCGGACCUGAAAGAUAUGCAAAAAUUAAGGCUAAAAGUAAACGUUUUCAGUUGUCACCUGAAGAUGAUUAUGUUAUUUCGACUCAUUCUAUUAUAAGAGACAAUGACAGUAAUCUGGAUGGCCAGAAGAGCAUAGCUUCCCCAUCAAGCGUUGUCAGCACUUCAAGCGGACCUGGCAGUGUUUCAGAUUCCUCUACCAGUCUAAAUGGUAGCAUUGUAUUAUCACCAUUGACUCUUCCCAGUUCAUAUGGAAAUUAUUCCAAUUCUCUGAGUGCUACAAACAAUAUUGAAAUGAUCAAUGAACUUAAUUUAGACUUAUUCCCAGAUUCUAACUGGAACAUGGAAGCUGGUUCAGCACAAUCCAAGGAAUUUGAAUGUACAAGUGUUAACAGUUUUGUUUCUAGCCCACAAACUGCCCCUUUAUCCAAUCGUUCAGAGACGAGUGUUGCUGCUUCUCCGAUAAACAGUACCUUUGUCUCUGGCAUAGCGUCCAGUCGCGGUGGAACAGCAUCUGUUCCAUCCCCUGCAGUGCAAAGUCGAGCACCUACACCUUAUGGUGGUAGUUGCUACAGCCCAUCGGCAGCACAACAAUCUACUAGUGUCAGAAAUUCUCCUCCGCGUGCCUUGCCGGCCAAAUCGGAUUCUUUAAAUAGCAGCUCAACUGACUCUACUGGAAUCAACAGUAUCAGUCAAGGCAUACGAGUAGAGAGGCGAUUUGACAUGAAGUCAAAUGAAAAAUUAAGAAAUCUGUUGACUCAAAGUACGGACGAUAUUAGGUCACGACAAAGUGUCUCUAGGCAAACAUCUCAAGAUGAUGUAACUGUGCUAAUUGAUUCUCGUGUGCUUGAUGGGGAUUCUGCCAGAAUAAAUCGGUUGAAUCCCCAACAAAAUAUCCCCAGAAAUACAAAUGUGAUUUUGCGUGAUUUGCUCAACCAAGAGGAAGACUGUGAAGUGCCUGUGGAACCUAUUUAUAAAUGUGCAGAAAGUGCUGUGCCCAAUCCUCUUCUAAAUGCUGGUUCUUGCAAGACAACUGAAAAUAGUGCACAACGGAGAAUGGGAAGCAAUGAUAUGUUGAGAAAGCUUCUGAACACUGAUGAUUCUGAUAAGGGAUAUCGAAAAUCUCAAGACAUAAUUCAUCAGUUGCUUAUUAAUAAUCCUAGUGGAAAAGUUUCUUUGCAGGGUGAUAGAUUAAGACCAGGUGGUGCAUCGAAUUCAAUCGUUACAGAAAAUACGGUGCCAAAACCAGUCUCAAUAUCCUCCAGGCAAGGGAUGUCUGAUGUCACUUUUGUCACAGAAACAAAUGCAUUGAAACGAAAAGCACCAGAAAAACCCAACUACCCUAACACAGUAAAAAAGCCGAACCAUGCACAUUUAGCUGGGCAGAAUCCCAUGCUUGCUGAAAUGUUGGCAAAAACACCGGUGACCACUGAAGUUCAAACCUCCAAGGCUCCAACCUCUUUGAUUACUCAGCUGCCUCAGGAAAAGCUUCCUAAACAUCUUGAGAAAAAGCUCAUCCAUACACCAUACACUGCCGGAUCUAUAAGUGCUACUACCUCAUCAUUAGUAUUCACUACAAGUGCGCCAACUGUUCAAAGAGAUAUUGUUACCUCAGAUGCCAGGGCCCACAUAUUACAGCACAACCCUCAAGUGAAUGUUCAGACAGCACUGAGGACAGUAUACAGCUCACAACAACAGCAACAGCUGUUUGAUAAACUUGUCAGUGGUACUGAAGACGACAUUCUGUUGGCCAAAUCAAUGGCUUCAGAUUUUAUGACUGUUGGACCAUCAACUUCUGUGCAGAAUCCUGUAACAAAUUAUGCACAAUUGUUAUCAUUUAACACAUCUACUGCUAGUAACAACACUCAAAUGAGUGUGUGCGCUUCUGAUAUCUCGGCCGCUGCAAGUUUAAACAGCCUUUUAAGUGAUAAUACUCUUGCAACGCCGAGUUCUUUGACUGAUUCAUUACAAACGAGCCAAACAGCUGACACUAACUUUGACCACAUCAUUUUGGAGACGAUUUACAGCUUACAAGAGGAUCAUAAUUUAACUACUCCUCAAAAAGCAAUUAACCCAGCAACCAUUUUAAAAAUUCUUAGUGAAAAUGCAGAAUUUCCUGAAACCAACACAAAUCCUCACCCUGUAUCUGUAAAUAGUAGUAUUGCCACCAGUAGUAGCAGCAGCAGUACAUUAGAUAUUAAUGAAAAAAUUGCAAUCAGUGCCAUCCAGAAGGAAUUAAUGGAGGCUGGAUCUGCUGCUAUUGCAAGUAAAGCUAAUAACAUCCAAAUGGCUGCCAGUUUGAUACCAACUUACUCUCAAGCUGGCCGUUCAUUGCCCCAAGUAUCUAGAACUUCUGUUCAAGCUCAAUUAACCUCCGAACAAAUUCUGUUGCUGCAACAGCAGCAACUAGUAUCUGGUUCUCUACCUCCCAAUUAUAAUUUGGUUGCAAAUAGGGUACGGUUGCCUGUCACAACACAGGCUAGUGUCAAUGUGAUCAGUCCAGAAGUGUUGGCUCAACGAAGGAACAUGGUGCAUAAUGUGACUGUGGGAAAUGUUGCUAAUAUGAAUCAGCUUCGAAGAACUAUGAAGCAGAAAAUGUAUCUACAGCAGCAACAGAAACGACUAUUGGAACAACAAAAGCAACAACGCACAAUACCGACUCAACAGCCUCUAGAAGUAGCUAGUUCUGCUGGAACUGCUUCAUUUCCUGAAAAUAUAAAUGAUUUACUCAACAACACAGUUGCGCCCAAUGUCACUCUUAUGCGUUCCUCUGGAAUACCUGAGGCUGCUCGUUUCAAUUUGAAUUCGGCCAGCUCUCAACCUAGUCCCACUAGCCAGGCUUCUCCCACUUCUGCACAAUUGUCACCUGGUCAGAGAGUCAACCAGGCCUCUCCUUUCUCUCCCCUUUCCCAACAACCAUUCCCUAGCCAGACACCCCCACCUGCAGCAACCUACCAGGCAGCUCGACUUUCCCCUCUUCCACCCCCCUCGUAUCCCCAGGGAGGGCCUAGUCAUUCUCCUUCACCCAUCACACCUACCGGCUCAUCUCCUCACAUGGUUCUAUCACCCCAAUCUCCUCAGUGGGCUCAAAGGCUAGCCACGAGUCCAGUUCAGAAUCUGCAGUUGCAGAAUCCUAUGCUGAAUGCUCAGUUGUCUCAAGCUUCUAUUGGUGCUAACCAGAUACGUCUAACAGCCCAACAAAGACAGCAGCUUGCCUUACGGUCAAUGCCCAGUCCUACAUCAGUACAAAACUCUAGGGGAGCUGUAUUUUCUCCUCAGUCAGAAGCUAAUGUCUCUCCAUUGUCACCUGUUAUGGUUCUUCAAUCUCAAGCACCUCAGCAACAAAGAAUACAAAGAACUCGCAUGGCAUCUGGUUCUCAGAAUCAGGCCACUUUUUCAACAAAUGAACCUCUUUUAUCUCCACAAUCACUGCCAUCUCCAAGUUUCAGCCAGUCUGUUUCUACUACACCUACUUCUUCUUAUGUUUCAAUAUCAUCAUCUUCGGUACCUAUUUCUUACAGUGCAACACAAGUUAGCCAACAGUUCACUUUUGACAGACAAAAUAUUCAAGCAUUUGCCAGCAGUUCAAAUGACAGCUUAAGAUCACCAGGAGUUUCUAAUGACCAAGGUGCUUCUGAUUCUUUGCCACAAGAACUAAGAUCUCUUGUUAAUUCCCCAAAUCUUGUUCUUUCCUCCAGCAAUAAUCAACAGUUGCUUCAAUCAUUGUCAUCUAAUAAUUCUGUGACUAGAGUGCUCAAUCUUCAGUCCCUUACUAGGUCAGACCUUGAAGAGCUUGGAUUAUCUGUGGAAUUAUUACCUUCUGGUUCAACAGAAGCACAAGCUGCAACUCAGGCUUUGUUUGCACAGGCAUUGUUAAAUGAUGCAAGCAACCUUGAAGCUUCAGUGCAGCCAACAAGUCCAAGGGUUCAAGUGGAAGAACCCAAACCUGCAGAUCAGAAGAAAAGUUUGCUUCAGCAACUUUUGUCGGAGCCUACUUGAAGGUCUUUGUGUAAAUAAUUCUUUCUCAAAAUGUACAAAAGAAGUUAUACCUCAUAUUAUGUUAUUGUUUCUACUUUACAUUGAUCUGUUGUUGUAAUGGGUAUUACAAAAAUAAUUGUUCUGUCAAGGUCUUUGAAUUGUAAAUGGUUUUGUUUUAUUACUUGUUGGCUGAAGCAUGUACAGUAAGGAUUUUCUAAGCAUGGAUUAAAGGAUGUUUCUAAUUUAGAAACUUUAUGUUCCUAAUAAUUAAUAUAUUGAAUGAUUUGACAUUAAAUUUUCAGUUCCUUUGUUAAUUAGGAUUCUUUUUCCCCUACUCUCCACUGUUUUUUAAAAUGUAUAGCUUUUCUUUACUUAAAUGUUCAAAUGAACUAUGAAAAGUUACUUUUUAAGUGCACUCACUAGCACUUACUAUUUUAUAAUUUGAGCAUGUCAUUUUCAGAUGAUCGCUGAAAGUGUUAAAUGAAUCACAAAUUAUAUUGCAUAAAAUGCCAGUUAAUUGUAAUUUACUGAUGUUUAUAUAAUCAAUUUAAUAAAAUAUAUACAGAACUUUAAAAAAAAAAUCAGUUUGUGCUACGAAUGUUAUAUAAAUAUAUAGCAGUUUUUUUAAGAGUAAUCCAACAGUUGAUCUGAAGAAUAAUUUUGACUUUUGCUUAUUGUUAAUCAUUAUUUUAUUUAAUAAUGGCAUUCUUAUUUUUUUUUUAAUGUUUAGAAUUUUAUUAAAGGUUCAGAACUACAGAUGGUGAGUUUUAUUUGGGAUUCAAAUCAGUUGUGUGGUAGGAUAAGUGGUGUUUAUUUUAAUUUCUUCCCCACUUCUUUUUCUUUUGGUUAUUUUCGUCAAAUAUUUUUAAAUUGUAAUGGUAGUCUGGUAUAUGGAUUUAUACUUCUGUAAAAUAUUGUAAAAAAGUAGAUAAGUAUACAGAAUGUUACUGCUGAAAAUAUUUUGUUAGUAAAAUAAAAAUGGGAUGUUUUACAUUUGGCUUGUUGUACAUUAAUGCAUUAUUAUCAUUAUGUUUAUACAUUGAAAAAAAAAAAGUUAAAUGCCUAAUAUAGUUAGAUCCUUUAAAAUCUAACUGUGUUUGGUUUGAAACUGUUAUGAUUAAAAUAAUUAACAGAUUUUAUUCCCUCCUUUAUCUCAUAGCAUCUGAGAUAAAUAAAUAGCCUUUUCCUCCUUUUUAUUUUGAUUGCCUGUGAUAAUAACAUUAAUGUAGAUUAUCCCAAUUCAAAUAAUCACAGUUUGUGAUUGUAGUUGAAAAAAAAAUAAAUAAGCUUUCCAAGUAGUCACUUAUUGAGAUUAUUCCCUGACUGUUAUUGCGACUUGUAAAUUUUUGGGGCAAUUAAUAAUUAUUGUUUCGGCGCCUUCCUUCUGCAAAUUUGUUUACAAUUUAAUAAAACGAAACCUUGCUUGCGAAAUAGUACACAGAAUUCUGUGAUCCUGUUUAUCUGUGUUAAGCCAUAUGUGAAAUGUGAUGACUGUGAGAAUUGUCAAGUGAUAUGAUCAGUACCAAUUCUACUGUGAGUUGGUCUACUAUAUAAGUCCUGGAAAAGCAUUGUUAUUGCAGCUCUCUAGGUUUAGAAUUAUACUUAUGUACUUAAGUUUGGACUACUAGAGACUCUAUCUGUUGUGUAACUUAUAUAGUGUGAUUAUUUCCCCACCGUAUGUGGGGAAAAUAUAAUCCAUGGUGCUGCAUUUUGUGUUACAUUAUUACUGUUGACACAGUCUGUGGCUUUUAGAAGAGUGGCACGCUUUCCAUCCUUUCUAAGAGAUUAAAGAUGGCCUUAUAAAACACACCGUAAAUACGUUUGUUAUUACAUAAUAAACUGUAAUAUUUUUGUAUAUUUUCCUAAAAAGCUAUCCUUUACUAAUGCUGUGCUUGUGUAUUGUUUGUAUAGAAUAAUUCAUUUGUUGUUAUGUUUUUGCAUCUUGACUAGAAUAGUGUAAAAAAAAAAAAAAAAAAAGACAAACCUAAGCUCCAUGGCGAGGAAUCAUAUCUCAGUCUUCUCUGGAGAUCAUCAUUGUAACAUGAAAUUCAUCACAUUCUGGUGGGCUGUAAGAGCCUCUUAUUAUUUGCUGUGGGCUACUUGUAUAGUGUUAUUUUACUUGUAAUUUUUUUGUAUUUAAGAAGGCGAUCUUUUAAUUCUGGCAAAUUAUACAUUACUCAAAACCUGGAUGUAAGGAUAAUUUGUUCAUACCUAAUGAUGCAGUUAAUGGUAUAUACAUAUAUAAAUAUGUGUAUAUUUCAUCAGUAAUGGCUUUUUAUUGUAUGUUUUGUAUGUAUACAUUUCUUAAGUUCCUGAAACAUUUUGAUUCAUGUAAAAUUUGUUGUAAAUCUU